UGGGGUGAGUGGCAUCCUUCCAGCCUCAGGAUUAUAUAAGGGCUUACACUUCAGUAGUACUAUGCCUACAGCACUUGUACAUACAAGCUCAUCAACAGCAGGUUCAGCCUUUUUACAGCCUUCAAAUAUAAAACAGACUUUAAGUUCUCACAGUGCAGUGAGUCACCAUGUAACUGCUGCCAAUUCUACAACAACUCAGGUUCUGUUUGGGAACAACAUUAGAUUAACUGUACCCUCAUCUGUUGCCACUGCAAACUCUAUUAAUAUACUCGAUGCAUGUCACAUGCCUAGGACUCUAAGUGCUAUUCCAUCAUCUGCCUUAAAGCUGGCUGCAGCAAACUGUCAGGUGCCAGCCUCAUCCUCUGUGAACACAGUAUCAAGGAAAAACCAUGAACCAGAAAAGUCAGCACUGAACAAUAUAGCAGACAAUACAGUAGCAAUGGAGGUGACGUAGUUUCUGUAGUAAUGAAACUCCAACUUUUGUGAACUUGUUUAGGUGCUAUGCAUCAGUAGCAAUUUGAAUGCAAGGGAUGAUGGAAUGCAGCAUAUUGUGUUUCUGUGGCAGCUGUGGGAACUUGACAGGAGUGCAUAUCUCAUGCUUUGGUUUUUCUAUUCUUACUGUUAAUAGGAAAGAACAUCUGUAAAUUAAUAUAACAGCAAUUACCUGUACAAUACUUCAUAUUUGUAAUUUCCUUGUAUAUAUGUUAAUAGAAUACAGAACUCUUCAUUUGUGAUGCUUUGCACUUGUGGGGGCGGGGAAGAAUUGCAACAGUGUAAGAAGUGAGAUUGUAUAGAGAUGAAGUCUUAUGAGAUCAUGUGCAUGGUGAGGAACCUGAUGUUUUAUCUAUUUACAGAUGUUGUGUUUACAGUUUUUGUACACUGUACCUUCAUUUGUUCCUGUGUGGUAGUAAAUGUGUUACAUAGC